AUGGCAGGGACACAAACGAUCAAGGUUACCCUUCAACGCGAUAGUUUGCAAACUCCAUGGGGAUUUCGAUUACAAGGAGGUGCAGAUUUUCGUUCACCGUUUACUGUCAACAAGAUCACUGCUGGUAGUCCCGCUGAUGGUGUUCUUCAACGUGGUGACAUUAUUCUUGAUAUUGAUCAAAGACCAACUGGUUCAAUGCUUCAUGCCGAAGCACUUGAACUUGUACAACGAGCUGGUGGUCAAAUAACAUUUCUUGUACAAAGAGGACUAAAUCCUCUAGCAUCUUUUAUUCGUAAUCAACGUCCAAUGUCAGCUAUGCCUUGGUCUUUAGCAAAUACACCAGCAUUCUUAGACAAGAAUUUUAGUCCACCUUGGUCUCCAACUCCGGGUCCACUUAAUCCAGCAGCAUCUUUUCGCAAUCGACCAUUAGAACGAAUAUCUACACCUAAACCAUUACUUAGUCAAACAGGUAGUCCUCUUAUGCCUGGUCCAGUUCCAUCGGUAUCAACUAAAACUCGAGGCUUUAUUCAACCACCUUCAUAUCAUACAGAACGAAGCAAUUUACAUGAUACACCACCAGUUAGUGCUUCAUAUUCUCCUGCUCAUUUUACCUAUCCAGGUUCAGCACUUGAUAAUCGUACUCAAUCAAUAUCAACAACUACAACAACAACAACAUAUCAAAAUUCACAUGAUGCAUCAGGAUAUCAACCAGCUUGGAAAGAUACAUAUAAAGAAUCUAGUACUUAUAUACCUUCUUAUCAAAAGAAGGUUCAAAUGAAUCCAACACUUCAAAGACAAAUCUCAAAUGAACAAACAAAUCAACGUACUAAUCAACAAUAUACAAUAAUAGCAAAGCCACAACAACAACAACAACAACAACAACUAUUACGUUAUCGACCAGCAUCAACUCAACCACUAAAUAUUGUUCAUCACCAAUUUAAUUCACCUAUGCCACUUUAUUCAAAUAAUAAUGUUCAUAAUGUUAAUCAUAUUAGUCGUGUCAGUAUUAUCCCAUCAAUGCCUAAACAACUACGUGGUACUUGCACAGUUGCUUUAACACCUCCAAAUUCAGCUUAUAAUACAGCAAAUACACCUAUUUGUUAUAUACAACCAACAAGAAAUUUCUACACAUCAGAUUUUUAA